AUGAUUUAUCAGGUACAUUCCUACAGCCUGAGAGUUUUCAAAAAUACAACAACAAGGAGUAGUGCAUCAAAGUUAUUCUGGUGUAUUCCAAAGAUGUUCUCAUUUGAAGGGCAUCACAAAACUAGUCGACCAGUGACGUAUGAUCGAACUCGAAAGCUGUCAGCUCAUGAGAUUGUUCGAAAAACUCGUGAAGAACGAAGAAUAAGGGAGAAUCAGCAAAAGCAAAAUCACAGAGCCAUCAAAAUUCAAGCAUUUGUACGUGGAUGCAUUGUCAGAAAUAAAACUAAAACUCAAUUUCUUCAGUUGUUCGAUAAAUCAGCGGAACACUUAUUAAAUAUUUUCCAUAAUGAUGUUCCCAUUACUGGGCAUGAAUGGGAAGUUGAACUUUUACAGUUGCUGAGGCUUUUCAAUUUAUGCUGUUGUAAAAGUGCUAACAAAGAUCGCCUCCUUACCAUUUGUCACUUACUACUCACAAAAUAUGGACAACUGGCACAAACCAGUUGGAUUCUGAAUUCUUCUCUUGAUUGUAUUUUCACGCUAGGGCGGUUUUUAGUAAUCAUUGUCAAGUAUUUAUCAGAACUUCCACUGUCGACGAUUUCUUCCAACUUCACAUUGCCAGUGUGUGUAUUAGAAAGCGUUUUUCUAACCUCAAUGGAUUCUGCAAAACUUAAGUUGCACGUGCAUGAAGUAUGCCGAAAUAUUAUAUGGUUUUGCCGUUACCUAUCAAGACAGAAUUACUUUAAGCGAUUAGCUUAUUUUAUUAGUCAACAUCCGAUUUGUUCAACUGAUGAUGUUCCAGAUUCGACUAUGAAUUCAAAUGAUUUUGCUGCAAUCGAGUACUUAAAACGGCCAAGAAAUAAUUGUUUCAUGAAUCUGUUGAUUGCACCUUUAAAGUGUAUUUCUGUCAUAUCAGAAAACCAUGGUCCACUUUCCAAUUCAGCAUCUGACUCAUAUAAAGAAAUUGUUGUGACAGCAUUGAAUGAUAUUCUUCUUCUGUAUAUCGAAAGUUAUAGCAUUACCGAACGCAUUAUACGCUCUGUUGGUGAGGAGUUGUUCAGAUUACCUGGACUGUACCAAAUUAUCGUCAAUGAAUGCUUGAGUGCUAUGGAAAACAAAAAUAAAACAGUCGUUGAUGAAAAUAAUAGAAAGAUAUUGUCAUUAAUUCCUUCAGUUAGUUUGUUACACAUUUUGUUGACGGUAUUUGUCCCUGGCAUGUUAAGUAGCUCGGAAUCACGAACAAGAACUUCAGAUAUGUGUGUAAUAUCUGAUGUAGGUGUUUCACUAAACACCGAUUCGAACUCAUAUUCGAUGCGGUCUGCCUCACCUACAGAAGCUGCAGUCAUUAUUCGUUGCCUCUCUUGGUUACUGACGAAUUUGUUGGCAGAUCCUUGUCUGCCUAUCAUUCGACCAUUUCUCAAUCCUAAACCAUUGCAUUUUCCAGCGGGAAAAGGUGAAAUAUUUUCAGAUGACGAUGACGGCAAUCAUGAUGAGGAUGAAGGAAGUGAUCAUAAAGAGGAAAAAUUGUCUGAUUCUUCCCAAUGUCAUCGUUUUGACUGUAAUUCUACACCAAUGUUUUUUCGACCAGUUUGGUUUGUUUGUGUUUGCUUCCCAUCAAAGCCUAGUCAAGUAGAGGAAAUCUGCAUGGCACUACAUCAGCAUCUGCCUGUACUGGCAUCCAGUGCUCUAACUACACUAGAAAAUCCCGAUAUUGAUUUAAAUGAUAAUACCAGUGAGUCGGAAUUGAUUCGUUCUUUGGCUCAACUGCAUUAUUAUCUUUCUGAAGUGCAUAACCUGCCUAGAAUAUCAUUGAUUCGCAUUAAUUCGGUUUAUUCACAGCAUGCAGUCUAUCUACGUUUAUUAUGGAAAUUAAUUGAAAAUACCCAAGUAUCAACAGCACCACAUUCUGACUCAGCAUGUCAUCUUUUGACUCAGUUAACUUCUGGAGAGUUACCUUCCCGGUUAACUGAGCUUCAAAGUUAUCUUCCACUAAUAUUCACAUUUGCUGAUUGUCUUCAUCAUCGACUAAUGUGUUUAACAGAUGUAAACAUCUGUAAUGUUCAAUCCUCAGAUACACAAUCUACCACUCACCAUACUCUUCACGAUCAUAAUCAGUUAACAAAUGGUAGGAUGUACAGUUCAGGAUCUGGAUUUCGUACAGAUGAAUUAUUGCAUAUUGGUGCAGUGUUUAGCGAUCUUGUACGUGGUUUGGUUGAUCUAGCUCAUCCUGAUCACAUACCAAAAAAGAUUUGGUAUGAUUUACAGACAGACAGUUCAUGUUCUAUAAAUUCAGUGGAACAACUUGAUUGUGGUUCAAUUCUGUACAGAAUAAAGCAGCGCAAAGCGGUGACAGCUCUUGGAGCUUCAUCGAAAGCUAAUGUACUUAUUCAAAAUCGUACAGGAUGGUCCAUUGCAGAGCUUCGCAUAUUGCUCUACUGUUGGAGUAGCCUAUUUCAUAAAGUUCAGCGAUUAGUAUUCCAAAUUUUCGAUUGGAGUCGUCGAUGUAGACGUCAACAGAUUGUACAUUGUAUGUGUGCGAAUUCUACAAAUACACCUGGUUCCUCAAUCCCCCUCCUUACAUAUUCAGAAACACCAGAUAAUCUUGUACAUUCAUCUCACCUACUUUCACCCACUGAUAAACCAAGUACUAGUGAAACAUUUUGGCUAAAGGACAAUCUGGUUGAUUUAAUGAACCCUGCAUCACUUCAAUCAUGGCUUGAAAAGGAACGUGAUCGAAGUCUUAUAACGGGGUUAGCCGAUGCACCUUUUGGCUAUUAUAGUAUACUUAAUCCUGAUCGUGUUCGGUAUGGACUUCGUACAUUUACCUCGAGCAAUCGUGAACUGCGGCUAUUGUUACUGUUUAAAGAACUUCCAUUUAUUAUUCCAUUUGAAAAACGCGUUAAAUUAUUUCGAAUCCUUGUCAAUGAUAGUCAGAUUUCAAUAAACCGAGCGACUAAUUUACUUGAUGAAUCAGAAGUUUCUAUUGUUGUUCGUCGGACGCAUUUAUAUGAAGAUGCAUUUGAAAAGUUGUCGAAACGUAGUGAACCUAAUUUGCUUCCACGUUUGAAAGUGCAAUUUCUCAAUCAAGUUGGUUUAGCUGAACUCGGUAUUGAUUGUGGUGGAUUAUCUAGAGAGUUUCUCACAGAAAUAAUUCGUACUGGUUUCGAUCCGAAUAGAGGAUUUUUCAUUUAUGCUUCUGACAAAACAGUGUAUCCAAAUCCUCAAGCAGCUGCAAUAACACCAAAUUAUUUGGAUCACUACUUCUUUCUUGGAAGAAUCUUAGCAAAGAUAUAUCCACAUGUAAAGGCUUUCAUAAUGGGAUUGAAUGAUAUCAUUCCAAUUAAUUGGUUACGACUGUUUGAUGCUGAAGAAUUACAAACACUUAUAUCUGGAGCGGAUAGCGUAAUUGAUGUCAAUGAUUUAAAACAGCACACACUAUAUGUUGGAAAUUCAUUGGCGUAUACUGAAACAGUAGAUAGUUUUUGGCAUGUCCUACAGAAUUUCUCAGAAGCGGAUAAACGCUCCUUCCUUCGUUUUGUAACAGCUUGUUCACGUCCGCCAAUGUUUGGAUUUCGUGAACUUCAACCGCCUUUUUCACUACAGAUUACUGAUGAUAUUGAACGAUUACCAACUGCUAGCACAUGUAUGAAUUUAUUGCGUUUACCAGAUUUUCGUAAUGCUGAAAUAAUUCGUGAUCGUUUACUCUAUGCAUUAAAUGCGAACGCUGGUUUUGAAUACAGUUGA